AAUGGUGGUUCAAUGCUUUUGAGCGUAUUCUUUUUGAAUCUGUAAUGUUCACAAGAGGAAUAACAUUGCAUUAUAAAUGAUUCGAAUUCGUAGUAACUGUUUGCAAGGCAACGCCUAGCGUAACCUUGGAUGCGAUAUCUUACGUUUAUUGAAAGGGAACUUGAACGCUGUUAUUAUCGGGUAUGGUGUUACCAGUCGUCGCCGCGACGUGGACGCGUGCCUUUGUUAAGCGGAGAGUUGCUUAAAAGAUGCCAGUGUUUUUUUUUUGUUUUUUCUUUGUGCAUUACUUUUUACUACUUUUACUACAUUAAUUUUUGUGUUAUGUGCAUUACCAACGCUCAUGCGCUUUAUAUAUUAUAUCAUUCACGCAGAUUUUCAUACAGUUUCCCAUACUUUUCCAUGUCAUAAAUGUAUGAACAACCGCAGUCUCUUAACGAAUCUUAAGAUCCAUGCUAUGGAAUAAUUUUGAAUGUUUUAUUUUAAACGACGUCGAUCGCAGACCGAUCCAAAUAACAAUAUUUUCGUAUGAAACCAGUUUAAAAAAAGAUACCGAAACAACAAUGGGAUGUUAUCCGUAUCGCUUACGCUAAAAGGGAAGUGCGAUAACGUCGUCGCAUCAUUUGUCAUUUCUCCAUCCUUGUGCAAACUAUCAUUGUACGUGUAUCGGUCAAAGUUAAUCGGAUGAUGACAAUUUCAUGAAAUGAACUGUUCAAGAUAUUAGUUUUAAACAUUCCAACGAAGUUGAUUAUAUAUUUAUUGAUAUUAUUAUUCCAUGUAAAAUAUUUUUACAACUAAAAAAAAUGACGAGUUAUAUGCCUCAGCACAGUAGACAUAGUUACAAAUGAACGUCAAUAGGUUUAGAAAUUAAUUGUAUUAAAAUAGAUUUGAUUCAUUUUUUUUCAUGUAUGUCUUUCACAUGUCUCAUUUGUAAUUUGAUCAAAGGCAAUCAAAAGUAUUCACUUGGACAUACAUAUAGUGUAUGUUCCACCAGGAUCGAAAGAGUUGAUAUGAAUGCGUCUCGCGCCCCACAAAAAGGGGAAUUCCCUUUUCUGGGUUCGAUGCCAGCUCUGAAAAGUGACCGUACAAAUUCAAGAAUAAUACAGACUUUGCUUUUUAAUGUGUUUUAUUUAUCAAAAAUUGAUUAUUUUGAUAAAUAUGUGUGUCGAAAGUUACAGAGGUCGAUAAAGGGUUAAUUUAUAUUUGCAAAGUCGUAGCAUAAGCAAGUGUCCGAAUUUCAUUUAAAUUCAUUUCCUUUGAUGCUUGUCUUUCAGAGUGAAUUUUUUUAAUUCAUCAUAAUAUAUAUAUGUAUAUGUGGGUGAUAUUCUAAGUAUGUUACAUGGUGAUGUGACGAUGAACGUGUUAACGUGUAAAAGGGGAAUGAAAGGGGCGCAGGAAAUCGCAAUAAUUCGAAGCAAACUCGCGACUAGUCAUUGAUCGGCUGCGAGACGCCAAGCGCCGCGACGCCCUCUCCUCUCCUUAACCCCGUCGUCCCCACCUGCUUGUUCACAAUCGUGUCAGACAUUUAAGCGUCACGUCGGAUACACGGCUCCCUCUUUCUCUCGCUCUCCUCGUUUCCCUCUUUGUUUCUCUCUCCUUCGCUCCUUCUGUUCGUCGUUCAUCGACUCUGACUCUGCCGACCAAUUCUCGACACCAUCGGACACCAUCGCCAUCCAACCACUGGAAACUGCUCCGGCACGUUACAAUUUUCUCCCGAUUUUUUUUGCAGAUAGAUAAGAGAACCGGUGAAACAAGAACCAGUGAAUUAAUCAGGAGUCGAGCAACGAGACAGUGAGUCGAGUGGUUUGUGUCAAAAUGUGCCGUGAUCCGUUGCAACGUGUGAAAAAAAAAUCACGCGUCCCAGUUUGACCUCUGAAGCGGGGCUUCCCACGGAGCCACGAGCCACGAGCAAACCAGCAAUGCCCCAGCGCAAACGUUCCUCGAAGCUGCUUCCUGCUCGCUGUUCAUUGAAUUGCUCUGCGUGAAUGAAGAGAGGAGAACGACCGUUUCUAGGUCGAACGAGGAGCUUGAUCUGGAGAAAGCCUGUAUACUGAAACCCUCGAGGACAACAAAGAAACAAAUUCAAGAAACUCAGAUCGAUUUGCCUUCCAAACGCUGUUACCACGAUUUACCUUUCUCCCUGAAAUUUUCUCGGACGUGUCGAUCAUUGGAAUCUAGGAGAAUAGACUGAAUUGGGUCAGUAGGUCCAUAGCGUAGAAUCUCGCCACAAGGGGACACAAGUUACCAAAUUAACCAAUCCUCAAACUGCUCACAAGAAUUUUCUGUCUGAAAAUUCAUUUAUCCUCAAAUAAAAUGUUCUGUUUCCAAGGCCCUUUUACACGCGCCUCCCGCGUGUUAGUGUCCCCCCUGUCUUCUACCAAAUCCAACACCUCCUCCAUGAGCAUGAUCCUACCCAUCAACAACAAAUCUUCGACUUCCAAGAGCGACAGACGAGGCUCAGAGGCCACCAGUGAAGGCUCUGGGUCAUCCAUCAGAUACAUAGACCAAGAGCCAUCCACCUCGGAUUGCAGCAGCACCGAUACACUCCCAGACAUCAAAUCCGAUUACCUGGAUCCAGACUCCCUCUCACCAGGACCUGAUUCUUUAACAGCACCCAAUCUCAUUCCAAAUGGAGAGGAAACCAAAGAUGACAAGAAACUCUUGGAAGAUGGGAGUAGUCCAAAGUCUUCUCCAAAGAAGCAAUCAUAUAGCAACAGGCGCUGCAAGAAGCUUCUUCUGCGUCUACGGUCCACUGAGUCAUCCAAUUCCUGCGACAAGGAUGCUUCUUUCUUUUCCGUGUCUCCCUCACCAGGUAGCAAUUCUAUAGGGAUAGAAUCAUCAGGCUCAUCUCCUGGGGGCCAUCAGGAUUACGAAACUGGCAGUACCACAACACUCUUCACAAAGUCCUCCCCUUCUGUUCUGAUCGACUCCAUAGAGGACAAUUUGAGGAACUGUCGUGUGACAGCUGUCUCAGAGAACGACAUACCAUCCUUGCAGAAUGGGUUUGGGGAGUCAGGAAAGGAGAACGUUUACAAUCAAGAGACAGAGACAGAGGAAGGAUCUUCAUUGCCGUUGAGUCCUGCUGGUCCAACGAAUGCUGGCCUGUCAUCCACUGCACCUUACUACAACUUUCUCUGCGUGAAUGGAGGAGCCAUGCGUCUGGAGAUAACCAGCACCAGCUCGCCUCAGUUGUCGUCAGGCAUUAACCCUAGAUCCAGCGCGCAAUCUCCCUCAUCGGAUGCCUGUGAAUCGUUUGUGGGUGAAAAAGGUUCACGAAUAGACACUUUGAAGCCUGAAAGCUUGGACACGGCGUUCUGCCUACCUGCAGCCAGAUCUUGUCCAAAUUUGGAAAGGCAGAGCACCGGAUGCUCCCCUACUAGCGGUUCCUCGAGCUCUAGCCCCAGUUCCGGGCCUGUUGGGCCCAGGUUCAAGCCUAUCGAGGAAGGAGACAUCCAGGUGUGCUUUCUGAACCAUACAAAGACUCUCGUUAGGAAAAUUCUGUCGAGCAAGUUCUUGAGAAGGUGGGAGACGCAUCAUCUUUAUCUGAACGACACCUGUAUCUCCUCUAAAACUCCCACUGGAUUUCUUCAGCAACCAAUACCAUACAAUAACAUGUCCGACAUAAGAAAGUAUGCCGUUGCCAGAUGGGAUCCUACAUACAAGAACUGCCUCAGCAUAAUUCUGCCAGACAGUUCGCUUCUCCUCCAAGCCAAUAACGCUUAUACGAGGGACCAAUGGUAUCAUUCGAUACUAUGGAAGAGAAGUAUUUUCAAGUACCAACACCUAGUAGCAUUGAGCACACGAGAAGAAGUAGUGAUCAGAGAGCUGAAAUCAAUGGUAGACUUUGCCUUGUGGACGUCCCUCCAAGACGAAAGGGUCACCGCCGCACCCCUGGAGGCUGUGGCGAAGCUUCUCGAGGAUUCAGCUGUGGAGGAGUCGAAUCAAAAGUCGGAGAAGCUAACCAGAGAGAUGUUUCAGUGUGAAAACGAGCGAAAACACUGGGCAGAAGCUACUCUUUCCGUGGUGGCCCCUCUUCUCGACAAAGUUGCACUCCCUGCCUGCCUUGCUAGAGUUCUCACCAAGUUGGCUCGCGAGCAUCCACGAUCGUCCUUAGUGUCUGCUGUAAAUCCAGCCAUCACGAGAUGCUUGAAGCACACCGUUGACUUUGGCAAGUCUCCAGACAUGAGAAAAUUCCUUCAAGUCUUCGUGGCUGCCCUGUACGCAAGUGACAACGGCGAACAAGCCAUCAGAGACUAUAUCGCAGCUGUUCACGGACCUGGAAGCGAUUGUCCUCAUCCAAGAGUACUUCCCAAUCUGGUAUCCAUCUGCGUCGCUGCGAUUUUUCACAGAUUCGAAGUGACCCGACGUUCCGUAUCAGCAAAUGACGAACCAUUGAUUUUACCUCCAUUAGAUUGCUACUUGUUAGUUCUGAAUGUCACAUCAGAAUAUACAGACUGGAGGCCGGGCUUGGGCGCUCUGUUGCAACCAGUACCGUUUCCAGAGGAAGCUUUGAGCGUGAAAGAGGUCCAGCAGUCGAUAUUAAUGUGCGUGAUAAAGCGUUUAGCAAAAGAUACAAGGUGCAUCGUUCAUCGCGUUCUGCUUCCAGUCAGGGAACCACGACCUGGGUGGAUCCACAUCGUCGUGCCAUCGAGUCCAGCUUGUCCCGAUCAGGGAGAAUUGUUUGGUGAAAUGUUGACAACCUUGCUGGCGUGUUGCUGUCGGCGGAAGAGGUUUAUCAGCUCGCUGACGAAGCAGGCACGAGACGAUUGUGUACUCCUGGCGGUGAGAGGCUGCGACGCUGCGCAGGAGGUUCUCUGUUUGAUGUUGGAAUGGCAUUUGCUACCAAACGAGGAAGCUCGAUUGCAGAUAGUGAACGCCCUCGACUCCACAGCAUCUGGCAAGAAUCGUUACGCUGCACUUUGUCAGAGGCAAAGGAAUUUACAAGAAUUGCAACAGAAAGGAGGGCCCAGAAAAUUGACGCUGCCAGUUCGCGCGACGGAUGCUGACGUAGCUCUCCUCCUAGGUGGAGGAGCUCUUGGGAACCUCGAAUGCCUCAGCUUGGCGUUCACGUCUGUAACUUCCGCUUGCGCCGAGCAACUCAUCAAACUGCCAGCUCUGAGAUACCUGAACCUCUGGGCUACGCAGUUCGGCGAUGCCGGUUUACAAAUGAUCAGCGAACAUUUACAGAAACUCCAGGUUCUGAAUCUUUGCGAGACGCCUGUUUCCGACAAAGGAAUCUCUACUUUGACCUCAUUGACGAGCUUAAGAAAACUGAACCUGAACAGCACGAAACUAUCCGUUCAAACGUUCGAGUCCCUGAAGAAAUGUCUACCAUCGCUGCAAGAGUUCGACGUUAGGUACACGGAGGCUUGGUGACCAGAGCUUUUACCUCACGCUAAGCCAAGUAAUUCCAAUAGUAACGGUAGCAUCAAAUUAAAAAGACAUCAAAGCGAUUAGAUAAUCGAAGAGUAAAUUCGAAUGAUGCGUACACGCUAAUCGAUUAGCGAUGAAAGUUAUUUAGUCGUAAAUAAUAGACGUGUUCUCGCGGGACCGGAAAUGUCUCUUCUAAAAAUAAUUCGGACGCGAAAGAAUGGUAAAGUAAAAAUUUUGGGAGAUCAGAUAUUUCACUUGUUCUGUGGAUGUUAUAAUCAAUGUUAAAGACGUGUAAGAAAGAUGCGACUAGGACCAUAAUUGAAACCUGAAAAAAAGAGAAAUUUAUCGAAGAAAGCAACGCGAGACUUUCGACAAGUGUCGUAACUGCCUACGAAAUGUUAUCGUUUAAAGAAAUAAAGCACCAAAUAUUCGAAGACGCGUCGAAUUUUGAAUAGCUGAAAAAAAGGAGUACGUAGUGUUUCUAUUAAUAGUUGAUCUGUACGAAAACGAAUAAGAGGUACAUCAAGAAAUUGUUUCGGUGGCACAGGGACUCGUUUCAGACUUGUCUGCGAGUCCCUGACUGCCUUGCCUUCUUCGUGGAUCCUAAAUAUUUAAUCGUGCAGUUUCGUGUCUUCGAGAUGGAUGCAAAAAUUCGCAUCGAGUAGACAUUUAAUUUAGGAGACAUAUUUCUUUGUUAUUUUAUUUGUUGAAACAUUAUUGAUCUCAAUACUCGCUGGACAGUCUGGCUGUUCGUUAGAAAGUUCAGUCUUGUUGAGGUUUCUUUGACAAGAAUUUAAGAGUUCUCUUUAA